AUAUAUCCUCUAGCUGUAUCCUACAAGGGUUAUCCAGGAUUAGUUUCACCACUUGGGGUUGGAGUAAAUCAUUCCUGGAAAAAUAUACUCAAAGGGCAAAGUUGUGGUUCUAGUAUAACGGAUCCAAGGUUCUCCAGUAUACCCAGUAAAGUUGCUUGUUAUGUACCGCUUGGAGAACAGGAGGGAGGUCUGGAUUUAAACAAGAAUUUCUCUAAAAGUGACCAGGAAAGAAUGAGUACAAGUAUGCUGUUUGGAAUGGUGGCAGCUAAAGAAGCAUUAGAAGAUGCUAGAUGGACCCCCUUAACAGAACUUGAAAGAUCCAGGACGGGCGUUUCUGUCGGAAUGGGAAUGGUUGAUCUAGAUUACAUUGGACAGUGUUAUGCAGAACUUGAGUCUGGACAGGGUAGAAGAAUUAGUCCAUAUUUUGUUCCACGAAUCCUACCUAAUCUUUCAGCUGGUCAUAUCAGCAUAGCACAUGGACUGAUGGGUCCCAACCUUAGCUGCUCAACAGCUUGUGCAACAGGAUCCCACGCUAUUGCAGAUGCAUUAAGGUUGAUUGAAAGAGGAGACUGUGAUGUAAUGCUAGCAGGUGGUGUUGAUGCUUGCAUUAAUCCACUAGCCUUCAGAGGAUUCUCCAGAGCCAGAGCUCUUUCAACUAAAUUCAAUAAAACUCCUGAAUCUGCGUCAAGACCAUUUGAUAAGGAUAGAGAUGGUUUUGUGAUGGGAGAAGGAGCUGGUUUAUUGGUUCUGGAGUCUCUGGAACAUGCUAGAAAGCGCAAUGCCACCAUUUACUGCGAACUCCUUGGCUAUGGAAUGAGUGGAGAUGCCGAUCAUAUAACAGCUGCUAGGGAAGAUGGAAAAGGAGCUCUGAGAGCUAUGAGAUCUGCAUUUAAGGAUUUGCCUGAGGAUUGUUUGAAUUAUAUUUGGCAGAUAAAUGCACAUGCUACCUCAACCCCUAGAGGAGACAUGGCAGAGCUCACGGCAAUUAAAUCUCUUAUUAAGGGUGCUAAGAACUCUCCCUAUAUAACUGGAAACAAGAGCUGUAUUGGUCACCUACUGGGAGCAGCUGGAGGAGUUGAGAGUGUUUUUGCUGCUCUUUCAAUUCUUCACAACAAAAUACCACCAACAAUAAAUAUUAAAAACAAGGAUGUUGAUAUAACUGGAGAUCUAAAUAUUGUUGAGGAGCUAAACUUCAGUCCACCAGAACAACAAUCUUUACCUGAGGAGGUUCCUAGGAAAAUGGUUUUAAAGAACUCUUUCGGGUUCGGGGGAACUAAUAUUAGUCUUCUUUUCUCGGAGCUCAGAGACUAAUGUCUUUGUCAGACAGUUGUGGAAUUGUGAUAAGUGUCUGCAGACUACAUUUGCUUGGAGGAAUGCAAAUGCAGGGGACAUUAGUUCCAAAACUAACUCUUGGCCCAUUUCUAACACUGAGUGUUAGAAAUAGACACAAAUGAAUAGACUGGGUUUUUAGGAUCCCGGCCCUUAUCGAGAGUAAAAGUCGAUAAUAAAAACUAUAAACAACAUUUUAUUAAGCAUGACCAGGACAACAACAAUUCCCGAUUUAAAACUAUUUUCUGAAAUCGAAAUUAUAAAAGGAGCUGAAAUGCGGUAAUUGUUUCAAAAGAGGGAUAUGUUCGAAAAUGAAAACAAAUAUCAUCAAAAACUAAUUCUCACACCUUAUUAUUAGUUUAAAGUGAAUAUUUCAUUUUUAAUAAAUGUAUGGUAAAGUUUUGUUUAACUCGGCUGGGAUUUAAAGAUAUAUACGCUUGAAAAAGAUAACUUUACAGAUUUGGCCCAUUUCUAACACUCAGUGUUAUAAAUAAGCUAAGUGUUAGCUUUGGAACUAAUUUUCCCUGAAAUGACGUCAGAACAAACAGGACCCAUAUACUUGUAAUAAAAAAUGACGUUGUAAAAUAUCUGCAUAUUUGAAUGAAAAUUAUUUAUACUUUCAGAAA